CUGCCUCUCAAGUCUCUAUCCCUUUUUUCCCUUCUCAUCCGCUAGUCGCCAUUGGACCGGGUUUUGUGGUCCACCAGCGUACGCGUACAUACUACGUAUGAUAGGCGUAGUCGUCACUCUCUGAAAAAUCGGGGGUGGAACUACGUGAAGCGUAUCAGCUUGAAGAAAAGAUGGUUCCAAAUCUGGGACCAAACACAUCACUCGGCUACACUCCGUUUGAGUACUGGAAGGGUCCGAAACCCGUCCUUCCCAGACCAAAGCGCAAAUCUAGAGCCGUCGCCCUCGACCUAGAGCCGUUGCUUCCCACCCCCACCCCGGCCCCGAAGCCUAGAGCAGCCGCGAGAUGGCCUGGUCAACAUCCGCCUGCAGGUGUCUUCGUGGCGCAGCCAGGCACAUAUAUCGUAUCGCCCAAUAUCAAUCGUAGCAAGACACCUUUUGCGGAGAUACUCGUCGUGCCACCAAAGGUCCUGGUCCACCCACUUUUCCGGGACGAGAUAAAGACCCCAGACUGGCCCCGAGGCUUCUCUCCGUACCCCGAUUCCAUGAACGACUCUGACUACUACGGCGGCAUCAUGGGCGACUACGGAUUCUCAAACGAGCGCCUCGGGCAACAACAGACUGCGUGGUGGAAUCCCAAGGGAUGGACGAAACGGAUCUGGGCCGGCGUCGGCGGUGCCCUCGUCAUCAUCAUUGUCAUUGUCGUUGCCGUCACCGUCACACAAAACAACAAGAACCGAUAUCCCGACUAUUCCCAGCUGACGUACAAGCUGAGUGACACAUACUCUGGAGAGAACUUCUUCGAUGGCUUCAACUACUUCAAUACAUACGAUCCUACUGGGGGUAUGGUUCACUACGUCGGUGCCGACGAGGCCGCGAGCAGGGUAUUUAAUCACCUUCACCCACUACUUGUAUGGAACCACCGGCUGAGUAUGCAACCUUUUUUUCGUGAUAUAAAGAACCUCACAUACGCCACGUCCUCCACCGCCGUGCUGAGGGUAGACCACACCACGGGCAACACCUCAUCGCCCGACGCCUCGACGGGCCGCUUCUCCGUCCGCGUCGAGUCCAAGACGCAGUACGACAAGGGCCUCUUCAUCUUCGACGUGAAGCACACCCCCUACGGGUGCGCGAGCUGGCCGGCGCUCUGGUUCUCGGACCCCAACAACUGGCCCGACGCCGGCGAGAUCGACGUCAUGGAGGCCAUCAACCAGGGCACCGACGGCAACCAGAUGACGCUGCACACGACGUCCGGUUGCGAGAUGAGCGUCAAGCGCAAGCAGACGGGCUCGACGCUGCAGUCGGACUGCAAGAACACGACAAACGGCAACGCGGGCUGCGGCGUCGAGGGUAAGGCCUCGACGUACGGGUCCGACUUCAACGCCGGCGGCGGCGGGUACAUGGCCAUGGAGUGGCGCGACGAGGGGAUCCGCGUGUGGCAGUUUGCGAGGGACUCUGUGCCCUCGGACAUCACGGCCGCGUCGUCGCCGGACCCCAGCACCUGGGGCGAGGCGCUCGCCGAUUUUCCCAACACGGCGUGCGAUAUGAGCUCCCACUUUUCGAACCAGUCGCUCAUCAUCAACAUUGACGUCUGCGGCUCGCUCGUCGAGGCAAAGUAUGCUGAUUCCGGGUGCGGCGGGAGCAGCUGCUCGGAUUUCCAGGCCAACAACCCGGACGCCUUUAAGACGGCGUACUGGGAGUUUGGGGCCUUUAACUUUUACACCGCGUCGUGAGUGCGGCACGGUGCUGGUGAGGUGAAGAAGAAGAACAGGAAGAAAGCAAAUAAAAUGGGAACAAAGAUUAGGGAUACGGGACAAGAGGGAAGAAAAAAAAGACUUACACGAGAUGAGAUGAACCAAGGUCGCCACCAAGGCAGGAACCCCAGGUGGCCGAGGAUCGUCAUGGGAUCUGAUUCUACGACUAUUUGACCUUUUCAAGGAGAGCCAGCGAGCUUUUCUUAGGUAGGAUACCUUGGGAUAACUAGAAUACCAGAUAAGAACGGGGAGGAUAGGCUUAGAUUGAGAGAAGCAAAAAUGCUCCUAUCGUGCAAUCCAUCAACUCGGAUGUUGGAAUUGCUGAAUCAAGGCCAAAUAUAUUACAAUUCUAUCAUUGCUUCCGAUAUGUAGUCUAUCCGACAGAGAUCUGAGCAGAGUCGUCCCGCUGGCGUAGGCGGGUGUACAACAACACCACCACCAACCCUUGAAAAACCCAAAGUGGAGAGAGUUUCUGGCAUCUAUAUCGUUU